UUACUGGACAGCCUCGUCCUUUCUUGUAGUAAGAAAUGCCAUAAAAUAUGAUUAUAUUAAAAAACUGAAAAAUGUAAAUGGUGGACUAACAUUUCAAGGUCGUUCUUUGUGUGAAUUUUACAUCUCAAAACGGAUUGACCUACUUGCGUUUGCGCGGACGUGAAAGAGAUAACCAAUCAGAGCCAGGCUUUUAAAUACUGUCAACCCAUGAAAACGCCGCUUUCUAACAGCUUUAGGCAAGACAUUGUCCAUAAGUUUAUCGAAUACGGCGUUUUUUAAUGCUUUUUGAAUAGAAAAGUACAGAUAUUUUAAAUAAACCAAUAGAUUUUUUAUUGAAGCACCGCAUCAACACUGCAAUGUAUUGUUGUAUUAGAAAUGGUACAGCCCAGUAAAAUCGGGCUGACCAUAUUAUAGCCGUUUUUGGCUUCUUAAACGUAGAGUUUUAUGUUAAGCAGUGUGCUCGGGCAAUGGUUUCUAACCGAAGUCCCGAGGGUAAACAACCACAUUAUGAUGAUCAAAUCACUAUAACCAUUUCAUCAAUUAUUGGGUUCAUUAGAAGUCAGAGAGGCGCUGCUAAGUUAUGCUAUGAAGGUUUCUCGUACACAAAGAAGAAGGAAACCAAGUCGACGAUUCGAUGGGAAUGUUCUCAGCGACGAAGUGAUAACUGCAAGGGAACUGUCACUUCCGACAAUCCACCAUCACGUGUGAUUUCAUCAACCGCGCACAGUCACGUCAACGACAAAUUCUACAUGGAGCGUUGCAGGUCCGGGAUGAAAUCACAGCCGCUGUGACCGCGAAUGGGGGCCAACCUCAUAAGAUCCUGGCUGACAAGCUAGUUCAAGGCAUGGAAGUUGCACCAAGUUGGCAGAAUUUGGUGUAUUAAGACCUUACAGCUGCCAUAAAUCAAGCUGUUGUCAUAAAAUA